CUCAUCUCGGCUACAAUGAGUGAUGUUACAUGCUGUCUUUGUUUCCCUGGUCAACUCAACUCCGACCUUAGGAAGCUCGCUGUGAACCUGAUCCCUUUCCCAAGGCUCCACUUCUUCAUGGUGGGUUUUGUUCUGUUGACAUCGAGAGGAUCACAGCAAUACAGUGCCUUCAGUGUCCCUGAGCUGACCCAGCAGAUGUGGGAUGCGAAGAACAUGAUGUGCGCUGCUGACCCUCGUCACGGACGUUACUUAACUGCAUCCACUGUGUUCCGUGGAAAGCUGAGCACUAAGGAGGUUGAUGAGCAGAUGAUGAACAUCCAGAACAAGAACUCAUCCUACUUUGUGGAAUGGAUCCCGAACAACGUCAAGUCCAGCGUCUGUGACAUUGCAACAUUAACUCUUAUAAUAGUUUUAUAAAUUCUUAUAUACAGA